GCUCAGUGUAAAUAUGCUCCUGUUGACUGACAGAGAAUUAAUUUCUUUGAGUGUGGAAGGUUAGAGGAGAAGAAGGCCAGGUCACCGCUUUGUUUUAAAUCUGCAUUCUCACCACCGUCCAGCAAAAGGGGCGUAUGAUUCUACAGAAGUUAAAACCCUCCUCCCUGUCAGAUGAUUUCAGUAAACAUUUUCCUCACGAGUUUAUGGUCUCAAUCACUAGUCUUCUUCAACACAGCAUGAUGUUCAUUUAGUAAAUUAUGGCCCAAUUAGAGAGAGCAGGAAGGGGGGAAGGGUUAGUGCGGGGCUACCUGUGAUUGACAGGUUGUUACCAUGGUGAUGCUUCAAUAUGAAGCAGGAGCACUUCAAUAUGGUUGAUGGAUGGAGGUUGUCUCAGCGGAUGAAUGAGUGUAGAUGAAUGGAUGACGUGUGGCUGUAUGUGUCUCCUCCCCCUCUGAUUCUACUUAAAGAGGGAUUAUGACUGAGCUGCACACACACACACACACACACACACACUCACACACACACACACACACACACACACACACACACACACACACACACACACACUCUGUACAGUGAGUGGAGGCAGUCGGAGCUCUCAGGCUCAGUAGAGCAGGAUUUUUCAGGAUAUUUUCAGGAUUCUUUGGGGGGAUAUUUUUAGUUUUAAUUUCCUGGAUACUUUAAGUAUUCUUUCUCCAGUUUUCUCCGUCUGAGGUGAGCCAGCUCCGGAUGAUCAGUCAUGGGGGAGUGGACCAUCCUGGAGCGUCUCCUGGAGGCGGCGGUCCAACAGCACUCCACCAUGAUCGGCAGGAUCCUGCUGACGGUGGUGGUGAUCUUCAGGAUCCUGGUCGUGGCGAUUGUUGGAGAGACGGUCUAUAAUGACGAGCAGUCCAUGUUCGUUUGUAACACCCUACAGCCUGGAUGUAACCAGGCCUGCUACGACCAGGCCUUCCCCAUCUCACACAUCAGGUACUGGGUGUUCCAGAUCAUCAUGGUUUGCUGCCCUAGCCUCUGCUUCAUCACCUACUCCGUGCACCAGUCUGCCAAGCAGAAGGAACGUGGCUACUCCAGCGUAUACCUGUCUCUGGACAGAGACAACGACCCCAAGAGGGACAACAGCAAAAAGAUCAAGAACACCAUCGUGAACGGCGUCCUGCAGAAUACAGAGAACUCCAACAAGGAGGCGGAGCCCGACUGCCUGGAGGUCAAAGACAUCCCCAACCCCCCACUGAGGAACACCAAGUCUAAGAUGAGGCGGCAGGAGGGCAUCUCCAGAUUCUACAUCAUCCAGGUGGUGUUCAGGAACGCCCUGGAGAUUGGCUUCCUGGUGGGUCAGUACUUCCUGUAUGGAUUCACCGUCCCGGCGGUGUACGAGUGUGAUCGAUACCCGUGCAUUAAAGAUGUCGAGUGUUACACGUCCAGGCCCACAGAGAAGACUGUGUUUCUGGUCUUCAUGUUCGCAGUCAGUGGGAUCUGUGUGGUCCUGAACCUGGCCGAGCUCAACCACUUGGGCUGGAGGAAGAUAAAGACUGCGGUGAGAGGCGUGCAGGCCCGCAGGAAGUCCAUCUACGAGAUCCGGAACAAAGACCUGCCCCGGAGGAGUAUGCCCAGCUUCGCUCGCACUCAGUCUGUUGACUCUGCUUACGACAAACACAACAAGACUGCAGGGUGGACACAAUGUGGCUGUAGGACAAACACAACAAGACUGCAGGGUGGACACAAUGUGGCUGUAGGACAAACACAACAAGACUGCAGGAAAGACACAAUGUGGCUGCAGGGUAGCAACAGAGAGCCCACAGGAUGGACAGGGCUGCAGGACGGACAUGACAGGGCUGCAGGACAAAGACAAUGAGGCUGCAGGACAGACAGGAUGAGCGUUUAUUAAUUGAAUGUAUAUUGAUUUACCGUAACCCGUUUUUUAUUUUUAUAACCUCUUUGUGAUCUCUCAGAGUCUUGAACCUGGUUUCUGUUUGUAUGUCUAAUCUUCACUGAGCCUACCUGUGGCCUACACUGCUAUUUGUUUUCAUACCUGUGUGCAGGUGUGUUUUACAUCGGUGUGCACAUUCACUGUUUAAACACUAGUUGGCAGUGUGGACCUUUAACCUGAUGAUGAAGAUGAUCGCUGCUCUUUCUCAGCUGAAGGUGUCACAUGGACGCACUAUUCACCUUUCCCGUUUCCAUGACAACAAGUGCCAAACAAGUUCUUAAAGGACAUGUUCAUAUUGUACUGUAUAUUACAUAUGUACAGUGUGAUCUGAUAUCCUCCAGGUUCAGUGAUGAGAAGCUGGUCUCUUGGAGUUCACAGCCGUGUACAAUCCUUACAAUGAUUGUUGUCCUGAUAAUAAAUGAUUGUCUUUCAUA